UUGUGGAGUAUCCAUAUAACAACGUUAAACUACUUGACAUCCAUGUUCAGGAAGUGUGAACGACAAUAAAACAUGUGAAACACGGAAACAACCAAAGCUGUAUUUUUCUCUUACAGGUGACCUACGAAAUGAAGUGGUCCAUUGUAUGGUGAGCGUCUUCGUUUGAGGCAAGAUAUUCCUUGCAGUGAUAUACAUGAGACUGAUAUAGUUUUUUACUAUCAUGUCAACAUUUUCAUUUCUCUAUUUCAGAAAAAAAAGAAAACUCAUGUUGGUAUGCUUAGUACAUCAGUACGAUACACUGUUUAUAUUCAUUCUACCAGGCCCUGAAUUGAGCGUAUACAUCACAAGUAUCAAAGUAACUACUAGUACAGUAUCUCAAAGUUUUUCAAAGAAGAUAUCGCUAUUCAAGGAUGUCUACUUGGCAGACCUGUUUUUCCAUCUGAAGUUUUGUCUCACAGAUGCUAGUCUUUGUUCGUUCUCGUCCUCUAUUCUCCUGUCAAUAAUUAUGAAGUCUUGUAGUUUUUCACAGCACAUGAUCAUAGAAGAAAAUAUGGAGAUGAGAAUUCGAUUUACAAACUCGAUAGUAUCACUAUCUAAUGAAGAACAGGCUCAUUACAACCUGGGGCUUCAUACGGCCCCCCGCAAAGAAAGCGGAAAGAGCGGAGCGCUGAACAUUGCUGUCUUUGGACCUUGACUUUUUUGCUCAAUCCUUUUUAGCUGACCAAGUUGAAUAAUAUGACGACUUAGACUUAUUAUCCGAAAGCCGGGACCAUAUAUAUCCCCUCCCCCCUUUUCUCUCUCAUUCUUGCUUUUCUUUCUUCAUGUACUGGCUCACUAUCAAGAAGAUACGGAUCCACUUACCAGCAUCCGAAAC